AUGAAACGCUCUUUGCCAUCCGUGGAAGUGUCAAGAACUCCCGUUCCGUCCUCAGACCAAACCGAGUUACCUCUGUGCCUAAAGAGACUUGUCCGCACGAUUGUUCGCAGCUUUUAUUCCAGAGAACAUUCUCUUAUUAUCGAUUUGUUAGUGCGGAACACCAUAAUGAAAGAAGAUGACUUGUGUGAACGUUUACGUUUUGAAAAGAAGCAGCUGCGUCAACACCUCCACACGCUGAAGACAGAUCAGUUCAUCAAAUCGAAGCUGCAGCUGGAGACGGACACGGAAGGGAAGAUUGCGAAGAUCAUUCACUACUUCAUUGAUUACAAAGUGUUCGUUAACAUUGUAAAGUACCGUUUGGAUCAGAUGCAGCGUCGAUUGGAGGCAGAGCAGCGACAGACGUCAAGUCGAGCUCUCUUUCGCUGCUUUUCUUGCAAUAGCGCUUACACCGACCUCGAGGUCGACCGCCUCCUUGAUCCCCUCACUGGCGCUUUGGUCUGCGUCUACUGCCGCUCUGAGGUUAAAGAGGAGGAGGAUAACGCACAGCGCUCAGAUGCUCGCGCUCUCGUUGCCAAAUUCCACCAACAGGUACGAGGACCGUUAGAUACGCUGUUAAAGGAGUGCGAUCAAGUGCAUCUCUCCUCCUCCAUUUUGGAACCAGAAUUUCGUGCAUUGGAACCUCUCCCUGGAACCAAAUCCGAGACCGAUUCUUCUAGCAAUGCCGUGGAUUCACGUGCAGUUAAUUCUUGGAUGAAUGACUCUAGCAAGAACCCUAUGGCUACUUCAACGGAGAGCACGGUGACUAUCGUACUGGACGCCCCCACAAGUUCCAAUGUUUCUGCCCCUAAGGAACGACCUAUCUGGAUGUCAGAAAGUACCAUCGACUCCGGACUGGGUGCUGGUCUAGGUGAAUUGGAUCGUGGUCCAACGGGUGAUCCCUCAUCGACUUCUGAUUCAACUACCCAGACGCUCGCCCCAGGCCGAGUUCCGACCAGUCUCCUCGACCCCUCCUCUUCCAGUGCACCUGACGGCGCGCAGUCGUCAUCGGGCCUGCAGAAUUCCACCUCCAAUGUCUCUGCCAUCUCUGCUUCGGAUAUCAUGCAACUUCUGCGGGUUCACGAAAGACGUGGCCUAGGCAUUCACGGUCCCAAGACUGCUCUGAACCGACCUCCCAAUGUUCCAACCUCCAAAGCCUCGGCUGCAGCAAAUACUAAAAACAACCAAAAUUCAAAUUCCGUUAACUCACAUAUUCAAGACGCCUCUAUCAACUCAAACCCGGUAUCGACGCCUUCCAACUACGUGGUCAAAUGCGGAACCUCGAGUACACCCAUUCCCGACAUCACGCUGUCCACGAUUAAGUCAAUGGAACCCGGUGAACGUUCCGAGUAUGUACACGUAGGGCUGCGUUUGUACAGAGACACCGUUACUGACUAG